AUGUUCCAUCGGAUACUUGCCAGUCUCUUGGUAGCCGCGGCCAUUGUCCAGGCUGUCCGAGCGAGCAAAAACACGAACGCGGAUGUCUCCGUGUACGGGGAUGAAGUAGGCAUCAAGCGAUUUGCGUGGGUGACAAGCCAUCUCCAAAAAGGAGAUAGGCUUGCUCGCUCGGGGGCGCCCGACUUCGGAGGCGAGGACACCGACCAGUACUUGUCAGGUCGAGGUCUCCAAUUUCUCAAGUCUCAAGGCAUCACCCACGUCAUCAGCGUCAAUUCAGCGGCCAAAUUUAAGACCAUGGAAAGAGCCCUGGCGAAAGGCGGCAUCGCAUAUACGCCACUGCCUGUCAAGGACCGGGGCGUACCGUCUCUUGGGGAUUAUGAGAAGGCGUGGAACGCGUUCAAGGCACAUCGGACCGGUGCCACUCUUGUCUGGUGCGGCUACGGCCAUGGCCGGACGGGUGCGAUGAUUACUGCUCUGCAGAUGUUUGCGGAGCACGAGGGUCCAAGGCCGCACCUUUUCACACAUGCUGACUUUCAGGCCAACAUUGUCGAAAAUGAUGGACAGCGCAACAGCCUCCUGGCAUUGCAGAAAAUGCUUUUCGAAAGACGCCCGAAGUAA